AAGCAAGUACAAGAAUUUCGAGCUAAUGAUUGCUGUAUCGUCUUGAAUUAGAAAACCUGCUGAAAUUUAAUUAUAUAUCUUUGAACUACAUUACCCACAAUGCAAGUUCGGGCGCAUGCGUUAAAAGUCAACGCCAAAGUCACAACAAGGAAGUAAAUUCUCGUGCUGCCUGUAUUUCUUGUAGUAAUCUUGUUACAAAGAGGGAUCUUUGGUUUUGUUAAAGCAUCCACUUAAAGAUUACGUGAUCUUGUUUCGAAACAGCAGCUUUAAUCAGCCUGCUUCUUUGGAUAUGUUUCGGUGGCUCAUUUACGAAGAUAAAAUUUAAGGAAACAUUUGUUUUGAAUGGGUAAUUUUUUUCUUCCCCCGAUCCGAAGCGCUCCUUAAAGCAUUUUAUGUCAAGAUCAAGUUGACGUUAUAUUCAGGAAAUCUCAGCAUUGCUCUGUAAAGGCUGGGCAGUCUUCAAUCAAAAUGAAGAUGAUCACCUUUUUCCUGAUAGGACUAACAGUCCAUGUAGUUUUCUUCCUAUCCAUCUUUGACAUCUACUUCACAUCUCCUUUGGUCCACGGCAUGACACCCCAGUCCACGCCGCUGGCACCCCCUGCCUCCAGACUGGUGUUAGUUGUGGCUGAUGGCCUCAGAGCUGAUAGUCUCUUCACGCUGCUUCCUAACAACUCAAGUAGGACUCCAUUCCUAAGGGCCAUAAUAGAGGAGACUGGUACCUGGGGUGUCUCUCAUACACGUGUACCUACUGAGUCUCGGCCUGGUCAUGUUGCUUUGAUAGCAGGCUUCUAUGAAGAUGUCAGUGCAGUUGCUAAAGGUUGGAAGGAGAAUCCUGUAGAGUUUGAUUCAGUGUUCAAUGAGAGCAGAAGCACCUGGUGCUGGGGGAGCCCAGAUAUCCUCCCAAUGUUUGCCAAAGGUGCAACUGGUGACCAUGUUUAUACUCACACAUACCCAGCAGAGGAAGAGGACUUUGCUUCCACAGAUGCAUCCAGGCUGGACACCUGGGUUUUCACUCAAGUCAAGUCCUUCUUUCAAGCCGCAAAGACUAACUCCACUCUAAAAGCCACUCUGCUUGAGGAUAAAAACAUCUUCUUUCUGCAUUUGCUUGGCAUUGACACUAAUGGGCAUGCUCACAGACCAAUGUCACAGGAAUACCUGGAUAAUAUUGCCCUGGUAGACACUGGUGUAGCUCAGGUUGUGUCUUUGAUAGAGGACUUUUUUGGCCAUGAUGGGAGAACUGCCUAUGUGUUUACCUCUGAUCAUGGCAUGACAAACUGGGGUUCCCACGGUGCAGGCCAUCCUUCUGAAACGCUCACACCAUUAGUGGUGUGGGGAGCUGGAGUUAACAAGGCCCAGAGAGUCACAGAAUCCCAGCCAUAUCAGGAUGGAUACUUAAAAGAUUGGGGCUUGGAGCAUAUUCGUAGAGCAGAUGUAAAUCAGGCUGAUAUUGCUCCACUCAUGGCUUCGCUCCUUGGUUUGCCCAUUCCAGUUAACUCUGUUGGUGUGAUGCCUCUCCUCUACCUUAACAACAGUGACCAGUUCAAAGCUGAAAGCAUGUACACUAAUGCCAUCCAAGUAUUGGAGCAGUUCAAGAUGAAAAUGAUCCAGAAAAAAGAGACAACCCUACCUUUUUUAUUCACACCAUUCCAACUCCUGACUGAAUCAAAGCAAGCAGAAUUCACUCACAGGGCCCGGAUACUGAUACAGUUAGAAAAGUAUAAUGAUGCUAUCUCUCUGUGCCAGUCUCUGAUAUCCCUGUCUUUAGAGGGCCUGGUCUACUACCACACCUACGACAGGUUCUUCCUGGGUUGCAGUGUGGUGCUGGGAUUCAUAGGCUGGACGUCAUAUGUCAUCUUGGUUAUACUGAGGACUCACGCAAGCCUCAUUCGUUAUCCCAACCUCGCUAAACAGAAUCCAAAUCAGAAUUUGGCCAGGUUUUGUGUUGCUGUGGCUGUGGUGAUCACUCUGUUCCUGCUUAUCCAAAGAAGUCCUAUUACUUACUAUAUAUACUGCUUGCUGCCAGUUCCUGUGUGGUACUCUGCUUUAAAAGAAUCUGGAGCUCUGACAGAUCUGAUCCGAUCAGCUCCCUCUCUGCCACUCUGGAAAUGUUUGGGCUAUUUUGUGCUGGUUGCAUUUGGGAUCGAGUUGCUUGUGGUGAGUUUCUUUCAUCGCUCCAUGCUGACUGUAGGCCUGGCUUUCCUUUCGCUGUGGCCACUCCUUUCGGGACUUUUUGGCAAAGCCAAGCUUCGCUCAGUGAGCUGGUUUCUUGGCUGCCUGUGCUUGGCUGGUUUCCCCUUGAUGUCCGUUGUGGGCAGAGAGCCUAACCUAAAUCUGGUUACCUGUGCAGGCCUGCUUACUCUCUUCACUUCGGCCUGUUACCUCUGGUCAUCAUGGCGGAGGACACCUCUUCACACAAGCGACAGACGGCAAUUUUUCAGUCAGAUGAUCCAUGUGGCCGUGUGUUUGUAUGUACCAUCGCUCACACAUUCCAGCCUGCAACAGAAACAAGGCCUGCCCCUUCUUAACCAGAUCAUCAGCUGGAGCACAUUAGCAUCUUCUAUAUUUGUUCCUCUCUUGAGCUCAACACGUCUUUUUCAUCGACUCCUCAGCAUAUUUUUGUCUCUCACAUCCACUUACUUGCUUCUCAGUACUGGGUCAGAGGCCUUGUUCCCUCCUGUUUUGGCUUGGUUGAUGUUUGUAUGGAUCAACAUUGAACAGGAGGCCUUACUCGCUCAGGGUGACUCCAGAAGACAAGAGCUGUCUACAAUUGAUUUCUCAGCCAACAUUGACAUUACCAAAAUCCGACAGCUGAAACUGGACGACAUCAGAAGAUCAUAUUUUUUCGUAUUUUUUAUAAUAACAGCUUUCUUUGGCACAGGGAACAUAGCAUCCAUUAACAGUUUUGACCCAGCCUCCGUUUAUUGUUUCCUCACUGUUUUCAACCCAUUUAUCAUGGGGGGGCUCAUGAUGUGGAAGGUUAUUAUUCCAUUUAUCAUUGUAAUGUGUACCUUUGAGACCAUCCAAGUUGCAACACAGCUCUCAUCAAGAAGUUUAUUCCUCAUUGUACUGGUUAUAUCUGAUGUCAUGGCACUGCAUUUCUUCUUCCUGGUGCAAGACUAUGGAAGUUGGUUGGAUAUUGGCACAAGCAUUAGUCACUACGUGAUCGUGAUGUCGAUGACGAUCUUCCUGAUGCUGCUCAGUGUGGUCACACACGUUCUCACCUCAAAAAGACUCAUCCUGUGGAACAGAUCGAAGAUGCACUUUCCUUAGAUAAAAAUUGAUUUAUGCCAUCCAGUGUUGUAGGUUGUGUAUGCCAAAUAUUUUAUAUUUAUUCUGUGUAGAUAUGGUUAAUAUAGUUUUUAUAUAAACACAUAGGAUGUGGCAUGUACCUUUAAGAGCUCAAUAUUCAAUUUUGCUAAUACCCAGUGAUUUUUUUCAGCUGUAAUUGUAAAUUAAAUAAUAAAUAAUUGGUCAUAUGUGUUUUGAAUAUUUAACUAUAAAUUAAUCAGAUUUGUGAUUUUAAAGUUUAAGACAAGCUUGUGUUAAGGUACAUGGAAUUUAAUAAAGGGUAAUGAUAUUUUUACCUGUUGUUACGUAUUCACUAAUAAAAAAGGAACCAGGAA